AUGCUGGCUGCAUUGAGUACGCUGCGCAACCCGCUCAGGGCGGUGAUGGGUUGCACCCAGGACGACAAAGGGACAGUGGGUGGAGCGGACUCUCAAGACGAAACAUCUAUUCACCAUCAACCGGGGCUCUCACACUCUCAAAGUGCCGCCACGUCGUCCAAUGCUGGAGAAACAUCUCAAAAUCCAAUCGACCUUGAAGGAUAUGAGAUCAUUGAGCGCCCGACACCAACAGCAGGAUCAUCGAGACCGUCGGGUCGUCGUUCUCGCUCAGAGAGAGUCAUUCGGUCCCCAGGAGCCUUGAAAAGCGUCUUGCAACAGAGAUUCUUCAUCCACCGCCUCAAGUCGAAUAUCAUCCGCCAGCAAAAAGAGAUGGAAAGAAGACUGCUACGAUACGUGUAUACUCGCGAUCCUCUCGCUUUCACGCUCUUCGAGAACGCUGCUUGGAAUUGGGUCACCGGGAUCAAAGCCAUACGACCGUACUCCAAACAGUACAACAACGCCAGAGUUAACCAACUCAAGGGUUGGGCUGAGCGUCUGCGAUCGAGCGCCGAAAAGAGAAAUGAGCAGCUGAGCACCACGUUCCUCACCACCGAGCUCCAGCAUCUAGACCUGCAGAAGAUGGGAAACCAUUUUGCCGAGUUGCGCCAUAUGGUGCAAUUUACCCAAGAGCUUGAAAGAAUCAUGCAGAGCUGGGUGUUCGAAGAGUCCAUGGAGCUUUUUCGAGAAUGGACAGACUCUGCAUAG